AUGCUAGAACCCAGUGAUGUCUCUCUCGAUAUCGAAAGAGCAGAAAUACAAGCCUCCUGUCAACUCCACAGCCCCUCAAACACAGAUAUCCCAGUAGAGCCUGACCACCCCUCCAGCGGUUCCUCGGACACACAUACAAACAACGAUGAUGACCUGAGUAGACAAUGUACGCACCGCGACAUCAUCCCCGGGCCUAGGGAUGAAGAUUCAAACAGGAUCCAGCUCGAAAGGCAGAGGACACAUUUAUCGAUAUAUAGUAAUACGGUGGGACGUACGGUGGAUGAUUAUGCGGCGAAGGAUGAGCUGCCUCCGUUUGGUGGUGGGAAGGAGUACCCGCCACAAUUGCCGCAUAGGGAGCAGUACGUGGUGGAAUUUGAGGGCAGUGAUGAUCCAAUGCAUGGGCAAAAUUGGCCUUUGAAAAAGAAGAUGGUUACAGCUGCAGUCUUGGGAUACACCACUUUAGUUUCAGCAUGGGGUAGUAGUGUAUUUUCAUCUGCAACGGAAGCUGUAGCAAUCUAUUUCGGCAUUAGCGCCGAAGUCGCAAUUCUCGGGCUCUCAUUUUAUGUCCUUGGAUUUGCCAGCGGCCCCUUAGUCUGGGCGCCCAUGUCCGAACUCAAGGGCCGCCGCCUUCCUCUCAUUCUCGGCAUCUUCGGCUUCUCCAUCUUCCAGAUCGCCGUUGCCGUAGCCAAGGACGCCCAAACCGUAUUAAUAUGCCGCUUUUGGGGUGGAUUUUUUGCAUCCUGUCCGUUGGCAGUCGUAGGUGCCGUAUUUGCAGAUAUAUUCACACAGGAGACCCGGGGGUCCGCUAUUGCCGUGUUUAGUAUGGCUGUUUUCUCGGGGCCGUUGAUUGCGCCGAUUGCUGGAGGCUUUAUCACUGAGAGCUAUUUGGGAUGGAGGUGGACAGAGUACAUUACAGCUAUUAUGGGCUUUGUGGCGCUAUUCCUAAAUAUCUUCUUUUUAGAAGAGACAUAUCCACCAAUUAUCCUUGUUGCGAAGGCAUCACAACUGAGAAGACUCACGAGAAAUUGGGGGAUACAUGCAAAGCAAGAGGAGAUUGAGGUCAACUUUAAAGAGUUGAUAUCAAAGAAUUUUGGACGUCCUUUGAAGUUGCUCUUUACGUAUCCUAUAGUGUUCCGUGAAAUCAGGGGUUACACCCUCGGUGUGGCUGCGCUUCCAUAUCUGGGGAUGGUGAUCGGGAUGAUUUUGGGAGGCCUUAUGGUGAUUGCAUUUCAACCAUGGACCAACAGGAGAAUGAGAGCGAAUAACAAUGUGCCAAUCCCAGAGGAUCGAUUGGUACCGGCCAUCAUUGGGAGUAUAGUGUUUCCUAUCGGAUUGUUCUGGUUUUCCUGGAGCGGAAACUAUCCUGACGUUCACUGGGUAGUACCCACUCUAGCUGGUAUUCCCAUCGGAAUCGGCCUCAUCACCAUUUUCCUCCAGUCCCUCAAUUAUCUCAUAGACGCUUACCUCAUGUUCGCUGCCUCCGCCAUUGCUGCAAACACCUUUCUCCGCUCUGCCUUUGCAGCAGGGUUUCCGCUGUUUGGAAGACAGAUGUUCCAUAAUCUGGGUGUCAACUGGGCAGGUUCGCUGCUAGGGUUCAUUGCAAUUGCGAUGAUACCAAUACCAAUUUCUUUCUUCCUAUUUGGGGCGAGAAUCAGAGCGAGGUCAAAAUGGGCUCCGACAACGGAAGUGAACGGUAAAUAA